AUGGAUAGUGGUGACCUGAAUAAAGCUACUAGCAGCUUACGAGCUAGCAGUUCUUCAAUUUGGAGAAACAAUGCAAUGGAUGUUUUCUCUAGGUCAUCAAAUGAAGUAGAUGAUGAAGAAUCUCUGAAAUGGGCAGCACUUGAAAAACUUCCUACUUACAAUCGUUUAAAGAAAGGCUUGUUAACCACAUCCAGUGGUGAGGUGAAAGAAAUUGAUGUCACUGAUAUUGGAAUACAGGAAAGAAAGAAAGUGUUGGAGAGGUUGGUAAGAGUUGCUGAAGAGGACAAUGAGAAAUUUCUGUUGAAGCUGAGGGAAAGAAUUGAUAGAGUUGGUAUUCGUAUUCCAACAAUCGAAGCCAGGUUUGAGCAUCUCAAUGUUGAGGCAGAAGCUUAUGUUGGCAGCAGAGCUUUACAGACAUUUUUUAACUUCUUUGUUAAUAUAGCAGAGAGUUAUUUGAAUUAUCUGCACAUUCUUUCAAGCAAAAAGAAACAUGUGACCAUUCUUAAAGAUGUUAGUGGAAUAGUAAAACCUCGGAGGAUGACAUUGCUUUUGGGUCCUCCAAGUUCAGGAAAAACCACACUCCUUUUGGCUCUGGCCGGAAAACUUGAUCCAGAUCUUAAAGUUUCUGGGAGAGUGACUUAUAAUGGCCAUGGAAUGAAUGAAUUUGUACCCCAGAGAACUGCUGCCUAUAUCAGCCAGCAUGAUGUUCAUAUUGGAGAAAUGACUGUAAGGGAAACCUUGGCUUUCUCUGCAAGGUGCCAAGGGGUUGGAUCACGUUAUGACUUGCUAUCUGAACUGUCAAGAAGAGAGAUAGCAGCAAAUAUUAAGCCUGAUCCAUAUAUUGAUAUCUACAUGAAGGCAACAGCAUCUGAAGGUCAGGAAGCAAACCAAAUGAUCACAGAAUAUGUACUUAAGAUCUUAGGACUGGAAAUAUGUGCUGAUAUUGUGGUUGGGGAUGAAACGUUGUGUGGUAUAUCUGGUGGGCAAAGGAAGCGUGUUACCACAGGGGAGAUGUUGGUUGGUCCAGCAAAUGCACUGUUCAUGGAUGAAAUAUCUACUGGCUUGGACAGCUCCACAACUGUUCAAAUUAUGAAAUGUCUUAGACAAAUUGUUCAUAUUCUUAAUGGAACAGCAGUUAUCUCUCUAUUGCAACCAGAACCCGAGACAUAUGAACUUUUUGAUGACAUUAUCCUCCUUUCUGAUGGCCAAAUAGUCUACCAAGGACCUCGUGAGCUUGUUCUUGAAUUUUUUGAAUCUUUGGGUUUCAGAUGUCCUCAGAGGAAAGGCGUUGCUGACUUCCUUCAAGAAGUAACUUCAAGGAAGGAUCAGGAACAGUACUGGGUACACAAAGAUGAACCAUACAGUUUUGUUACAGUUAAUGAAUUUGCUGAGGCAUUUCAAUGCUUCCAUGUGGGUAGGAAAAUUGGAGAUGAGCUAGCAGUUCCAUUUGACAAGACAAAGAACCACCCAGCUGCAUUAACAACUGACAAGUAUGGGGUGAACAAAAAGGAGCUUUUGAAAGCUAACUUCUCAAGAGAGUUUUUGCUUAUGAAGAGGAAUGCAUUUGUUUACAUCUUCAAGCUAUCUCAACUCGCAGUGAUGGCGUUGGUAGCAAUGACAGUAUUCCUGCGAACUGAGAUGCACCGGGAUUCUGUGGAUAAUGGGGGAGUUUACAUUGGUGCACUUUUUUUCACUAUAGUAAUGAUCUUGUUUAAUGGAAUGCCAGAUAUUUCUAUGACUAUAGGGAAGCUUCCUAUUUUUUACAAGCAAAGGGACCUCCUAUUCUAUCCUGCAUGGGUAUAUGCUAUUCCUAGCUGGAUCCUUAAGAUCCCUAUUACAUUGGCUGAAGUUGUUGUCUGGGGAUCUCUCACCUACUAUGUGAUUGGAUUUGACCCAAAUGUUGGCAGGUUUUUCAAGCAAUGUCUUCUGUUAUUUCUACUUGGCCAGAUGGCUUCUGCAUUGUUUGGUUCAAUUGCAGCAAUGGGUAGGAAUAUGAUUAUUGCCAACACAUUUGGGUCAUUUGCAAUAGUCACACUUCUGACCUUGGGUGGCUUCAUCUUGUCAAGAGAGGAUAUUAAGAAAUGGUGGAUAUGGGGUUACUGGAUUUCACCUAUAAUGUAUGAGCAGAAUGCUAUAAUGGUCAAUGAGUUCCUUGGGAAGAGUUGGAACCACGUUCUUCCAAGUUCAACUGAACCACUGGGAGUUGAGGUUCUGAAGUCUCGUGGGUUUUUCAGGCAUGCAUAUUGGUAUUGGAUAGGGGUAGGGGCACUGUUUGGAUUUGUUAUUCUAUUGAACAUAACUUUCACUUUAGCUCUCACUUAUCUCAACCCACUUGAGAAGCCACGAGCUGUCAUAUCCAAAGAAUCUCAAGGCAAGAAGCAUAAAGAGCAAACUCUUGAAGGCAUUGGAUUACCAAUCAGACUCGGAGGAAAUGCCGCAAGUAGCAAGAUAAAGAUAGGAAACUUAGAUAACGGUGGGACAGAAAGUAUGUCUUCCAUGUCUGCAUCAUUGAGGCCAGAGGCUGUUGUUGAGUCCAGCCACAGGAGGAAAAGAGGAAUGGUUCUUCCAUUUGAACCACAUUCUCUCACCUUUGAUGGAAUCACAUACUCAGUAAACAUGCCACAGGAAAUGAAGAAUCGAGGUGUAAUUGAGGAGAGAUUGGUCCUUCUGAAGGGUCUUAGUGGUGCAUUCAGGCCAGGUGUUCUCACAGCUUUGAUGGGUGUAAGUGGAGCUGGUAAAACAACUUUGAUGGAUGUGUUGGCUGGAAGGAAGACUGGAGGAUAUAUUGAGGGAAGCAUCACAAUUUCAGGGUCCCCCAAAAAGCAAAAAACAUUUGCUCGAAUCUCUGGCUAUUGUGAGCAGAAUGAUAUCCACUCUCCUCAUGUUACAGUCUAUGAAUCCUUGCUCUACUCAGCAUGGCUUCGUUUAUCACCUGAAGUCAAUGCUGAAGCCAGAAAGAUGUUCGUUGAGGAAGUCAUGGAGCUUGUAGAGUUGAACUUACUGAGGCAAGCCCUGGUUGGUUUGCCUGGUGUGAGUGGUCUCUCUACUGAACAGCGCAAGAGGCUAACUAUAGCAGUUGAGCUAGUGGCUAAUCCCUCCAUAAUAUUCAUGGAUGAGCCAACCUCUGGGUUAGAUGCCAGAGCUGCUGCAAUUGUUAUGAGAACAGUUAGGAACACAGUGGACACAGGAAGAACAGUUGUUUGUACAAUCCAUCAACCAAGCAUUGACAUAUUUGAAGCUUUCGAUGAGCUUUUCCUACUGAAGCGAGGAGGACAAGAAAUAUAUGUUGGGCCAUUAGGUCGUCAUUCUAACCACCUCAUCAAGUAUUUUGAGGGGAUUGAAGGGGUUAGUAAAAUCAAAGAUGGUUGCAACCCGGCAACUUGGAUGUUGGAAAUUACAACUUCGGCACGAGAAAAGGAUUUGAAUGUUGACUUCGCUGAUAUAUACAAAAAUUCAGAACUAUAUAGGAGGAACAAAGCACUUGUAGCAGAAUUGAGCAAGCCUUGUUCUGGUUCCAAGGAACUUCAUUUUCCUACUCAAUAUGCACAACCAUUUUUCAUCCAAUGCAUGGCCUGCUUAUGGAAACAACAUUGGUCAUACUGGCGCAAUCCUCCAUAUACUGCAGUGAGGUUAUUGUUCACUAUAUUCGUAGCUUUGAUGUUUGGAACUAUGUUCUGGGACCUUGGAUCCAAAACAAGAAGGAAACAAGAUCUGUUUAAUGCUAUAGGUUCCAUGUACAAUGCCAUUCUCUUCCUUGGGAUCCAAAAUGCCUCUUCAGUGCAGCCUGUGGUGGCCAUUGAAAGAACUGUCUUUUAUAGAGAAAGAGCAGCUGGAAUGUACUCAGCCAUCCCCUAUGCAGUUGCACAGGUUGUAAUAGAGCUACCAUAUAUUCUUGUUCAAGCUGUGACAUAUGGCCUUGUAGUUUAUGCAAUGAUCGGAUUUGAAUGGACUGCAUCCAAAUUCUUCUGGUAUCUGUUCUUUAUGUACUUCACAUUUCUAUACUUCACCUUUUAUGGCAUGAUGACUGUGGCUGUAACACCUAACCAACAUGUUGCUUCAAUUGUGGCUACUUCAUUUUAUGGAAUUUGGAAUCUGUUUUCUGGAUUUAUUGUCCCACAACCUAAUAUUCCUGUGUGGUGGAGAUGGUACUAUUGGGCAUGUCCUGUGGCUUGGACCUUAUAUGGAUUGGUUGCAUCACAAUUUGGAGAUGUAACAAGUACAAUUAAGUCAAACGAGACAGUGAAAGAGUUUCUCAGAAGAUACUUUGGUUAUAGAGAUGAUUUUGUAGGAGUUGCUGCAGGUGUAGUUGUUGGGUUCACAGUGCUAUUUGCUAUUAUCUUUGCUAUUUCUGUGAAGGUCUUUAGUUUCCAAAGGCGAUAG